GUGUGUGACUGACUGAAAACGAUCAUAUUUCGUCGUUCACAUGUGCGCGAUUAUUCUGCCAGGCAGCGCGAUGCGACGCUGAGCUUAAGCCAAUAUUUCAGAGGGAAUACAAUUUGAUGACACGAGUAGUGCAAUCCAGUAGGAAAGAAGUUCUGUUGGCGAGAAGACGCCACAAAUAGCAAAAGGCGGUGUUUUAUUUGACUUUUUAUUUAACAGCGCGAGAUUUUAACAAAAGUGAAAUGGCGAGAAUGUUGUUCAUAUUGUGCGGGGCUUUGCUUUUGAAUUUCGCCUUGACGCAAGAUUUCGAACCAGAUCCAUUGGAGCCGGAGAUAAUAGAAACGACUACGUUAAAGGCAAACACUGAGCCACCCACAACAACUAGUGUGCCCAUCACAGAUGCGCCAACAACAACAACAAUAAUAACAACAACAAAAGAAACACCCAUCUACACUACGCCCCCGAUAACAACGGAUGGUUUUCCCACUACCACCAUUACUGUAACAGAGGAGACCAUAACGCCAAUAACAACAACAGCAGCAAGCCCUCCGCCUACCACGCCAAAAGAAGAGCCAAUACCAACGCCUGUAACGAAUAUUGAUUACACAACAACCACUACCACCACAACCACCACUGCUAAACCGUUGCCCUUUAUUCCAACAACUGCUAAACCUUUCCCCUUUAUUCCAUCGACCACUACCAGCAUAACACCAGUGAUCACGACCAGACAGACAGGUUAUCCGCCAUAUCGUCCAGUAAAACCAUGGAAUCCAUAUACACCACCCACUCAACCGCCAAAACCCACCUAUCCACAAAGUCGCUGCUAUUACCGCUCGCAACGUAGUUCACCGCAUCUGCAAUGGAAAUGUGGCUGUAAGUAG